AUGUUCAACACGACUCAGAACCCCAUCACCAAUCUCUACAUAAACUCUACCACCCCUGGUGGCCCCAGUGGACCUCCACCAUGGUACCAGUUCCCAGUAUGCGCCGUGGCUCCUUACGGCUUUAUUUUCUACUUUGGGGUCAAGGUGUUCAACCUGGCAGUGGGGACGCCCUGUAACGUCCUGGUCAUCUGGCAGAUCGCCACCAAGAAAAGUGACAGUUCCACCUCUGACAUCUUCAUCUUCAACCUGGCCAUCUUGGAUGCCUACUUCUGCCUAAUGACGCCCAUAGAGAUGGCCAACCGGCUGCUGCUGGGUGACAGUCGCAUUUGGUACUUUCAGAGGUUCGCGUAUGGGGUCAAGGACGUAGCACCACUCUUUCUGGUGUGUAUCUGCCUAGACCGCUACAUUGCCGUGGUCCACCCUGUACUGUUCACCGGUAUCCGAGACAACAAGAUCCGCAUUGGCAUUUCUGUGGUAGUCUGGGGUCUCAUCCUGGCUUACGGCCUCACCAAGUGCACCCUGGGUGUCAUGAGCGUCAAUGAGAUCUUCAGCGGUGUCAUCCUCUUUGCCUUUGCAGUCAUGGUCUUCUGCAACAUCUCCGUUAUCUGGGUCCUUAGGCGUUCUGUGGCAGGAAAGGAGGAGAUGCACCCGGUAAAGAAGAAGGCUUUCAAGAUGGUGCUGAUCAUCCUGGCCAUCAUCGUGUCCAACUACCUGCCGCCUGUGGCACUCAUGCCCUUUGUGUCGUACUACACAUUCGUACAGUUCCGCUGCCAGAUUAGCAUCAGUGUGUUCUCCAUCAUGGAUCUGAGCUGCAGCAUCGAGCCUCUCCUCUACAUCACAAAGAUGGAUCGUGUGGACGGCAAGUGCUGUGGAUGGAAUUCCUCUAAGAAGACGCAAGAUGUCAAGGUGUGA